GCAAACAACAUUUUGGUAUAUUUUUUUUCAUGGAGUGUUUUCUACUUACCAAGACCACCAAACAUCAGUCUCUCUCAGGAUAUAUGAAGGUGAAAGAACCUUGAUAAAGGAUUGUCGUGAGCUUGGGAGGUUCGAUCUGUCUGACAUCGCGCCUGCUUCAAGGUAUAAAUACAUAUACAAAUACAUUGUUGCUUUUUACAUUUUGAUUUCAACAGUUACUUGAAGAAAAUGUAAACUUGAAAUCCUUUAUGGAUUUUUUGGCCGUUAUCUCUUCCGAAGAAGAUGUUGUCUCAAAACUUAUUGAAAUUGGGUUUGAGAAUUGCAAUUCAGUAGAAGCUGUGAAAUUAGUUGGUCCAUCACUUGAUGAUGCAGUUGAAUAUAUAUUGAAUGGAUGUCGUAGAAACAGUCAUAGGACAACAUGUAAUUCUACCAGUUUUGUAAACAUCGUGAAAUCUGUGGGGAAAAGAGCCAUGUCUACCACUUGCGUCUCAGGUCAGAAGCGACAGUCUAGCAUAGUAGAACAUUUCCAGUUCAUUAGUAGAAACAGGAGAAGUGCAACUGCAGUUGUGGAACAAAGCAAGCCACCUAUUUCAGAUGAUAGUUAUUGCAUCAAGACUGCUACAUCAGAAGCAUUUCCAGUUGGUUUCUCAGAUGUGAUGGGCAUUGGACCAGAUUGGGAACAUAAAGUGAACAGUAUUGGAAAAGCAUUUUGGUAAUUUUUCGUAAAAAGAAUUCUAGAACGAAGCCUUGACUGCAUGGCAAGCUCAUGAAGACUGUCUUGUUCUUGCUGCACAGGAUCUGGUAAAUUUGUGAAUGUAUAUUUCUGUUUCUUCUAUUGGGUGAGUUUCGGUCUUUAUACUUAAUUAUUAGUUUGCAGGGAUAUCUUUGUGUUCUCAGAUUCCAGGAUUAUUGACUGGGAAGGUUGUGGUUGUGAUAUCACCGUUGAUAAGCUUGAUGCAUGAUCAGUGCUUACUGUUAGAAUAUAUGAUACAUAUAUUCUAUAUUUGUAUAUAAUUUCUAUUUAUCUCCUAAUUUGUUAAGGAGAUAAUUUGUCCAUAUUCUUAGCUAAUCAGUUCCUAGUUUCUAGGCUAAGAUUACUCUUUGUACAUUGUAUAUUAUCUGACGUUACUAAUGAGAAAGGCAAGAGAUUACAUUCUUUCAUGGUAUCAGUCUAAACCGAUCCAAAUUUCCCUAACAAACGCCUAUCUUCUUUUUCUCCUCUUCCGCUGCUCUAUUCCAUGGCCGAACAAACGAAUUUCCAUCUUGCUCUCACAAUCACCAAUGUCAAGUCCCUUAUCCCCAUCACAUUGGAUACGGAGCAUGGCAUGUAUCACUCUUGGGCGGCCUUGUUCA